CCUGUACACACACUGACAUUUGGUGACUGCUCUUCAGAGAAAGCAUUGAGGCUGACACCGAUAGAUUGUGUUGUGGUGUCUCAGGCCAUUGCACUGUGUGAUACAAUAACACUAAUGGAUCUGAGUAGCUGUUACAUUCAGGAUGAGGGUCUCCAGCGUCUGGUUCCUGUUCUGCACAAGUGUCAGGAGUUGCAGCUGGAGAGCAAUAAACUUGGAGAUUGUGGAGUGAUGCGACUGUGUGAGGCUCUCAGGAACCCGGAGUGUAAAAUACAGAGACUGUGGCUGCACAGGAACAGACUGACAGCGGAUUGCACCGAGGAACUGACCUCCGCUCUCAGCACAAACCACUCACUGACGGAGCUGAACCUGAGUGAUAAUAAACUGGGAGAUUGUGGAGUGAAGCGACUGUGUGAGGCUCUGAGGAACCCGGAGUGUAAAAUACAGAGACUGUGUCUGGACAGCAACAGACUGACCGAUGGCUGCACUGAUGAUCUGGUCUCCGCUCUCAGUACAAACCGCUCACUGAGGGACCUGGAUCUGAGGUCUAACUCCUUCACAGAGGGCUCUGUCCCCGCUCUCCGCCUCCUCACACUGAUCUGCACCAGCCUGGAGGACAUCUGGCUGUAGGGGAACAGCUUCAGUUUAUACGGAUCGAAUCAGCUGAAGUCACUGAGCGGAAUCAGAGCUGGACUGACAGUGUUAGUGUGACACUGACUGAGGCAGUGACUGUCCACACAGUCUGUGUAAUAUGGAAUAUAUUCUGGACACUGUAGUGACUGAUUAUUAAAGAUGUUAAUCCUGAUUUCUCUCCCA